AUGCUGCACACCUCUGAUUGGCCACCCUCAGCAGAGGUCAGAGGAGCCAUGCGGAACCACACCACUGUCACCGAGUUUGUCCUGCUGGGACUCUCAGAUGCCUGUGAGUUGCAGAUGCUCAUCUUCCUGGGGCUGCUCCUGACCUACCUCCUCACUCUGCUGGGGAAUCUCCUCAUUGUGGGCAUCACCCUCGUGGACAGGCGCCUCCACACCCCCAUGUACUACUUCCUCCGCAACUUUGCUGUCCUGGAGAUCUGGUUCACCUCGGUCAUCUUCCCCAAGAUGCUGACCAACAUCCUGACUGGAUACAAGACCAUCUCUCUCCCAGGCUGUUUCCUACAAAGUUUCCUCUAUUUCUUCCUGGGCACCACAGAGUUCUUCCUUCUGGCAGUGAUGUCCUUUGACAGGUAUGUGGCCAUAUGUAACCCCUUGCGUUAUGCAACCAUCAUGAGCAAAAGGGUCUGUAUACAGCUGGUUCUUUGUUCAUGGAUGGCAGGAUUCCUUCUCAUUGUCUUUCCAAGUUCCAUCAUAUUUCAGCAGCCAUUUUGUGGCCCCAACGUCAUUAACCAUUUCUUUUGUGACAACUUUCCACUCCUGGAACUCAUAUGUGCAGACACGAGUCUGAUAGAGCUUCUGGGUUUUAUUGCGGCCAACCUCAGUUUGCUGGGCACUCUGUCCGUGACGGCCACCUGCUACGGCCACAUCCUCCACACCAUCCUUCGCAUCCCCUCGGCCAAGGAGAGGCAGAAAGCCUUCUCAACCUGCUCCUCCCACAUCAUUGUUGUGUCUCUCUUCUAUGGCAGCUGCAUCUUCAUGUACAUCCGGUCAGGCAAGAGAAAUGAGGGGGAGGACAGGAACAAGGUGGUGGCCUUGCUCAACACCGUGGUGACCCCGAUGCUCAAUCCCUUCAUCUACACCCUCAGGAAUAAACAAGUGAAGCAGGUGUUUAGCAAGCAAUUAAGCAAGGUCAUGAGUUUGAGC